CGAUAAAGUUUUUGAAAUACCUCGGCGCAGCAGCAAUGGCGGCUCCCAUGACCUGGAGGAGCCUGGUGCAUUCGGUGUACUCCCCGGCCAUCGCCGGCGUUUUCAGCCGGAUAUCCGACCGGUUGUUCCGCGCUCAGGACAGAAGGAGAGGGUCAGCUGUGCUGCUGCUGGCUCCGCUGCUCGCUGAAACCGAGCCAGCUCCACGCCAUGUUUCCAGGCCCACCGGGUCAGCCGGAGUUCAGGGUUCGGAUGGUCUUUGCACCCACUUCCGAUGGAUGGCAGAGCAAGUACCUGCCUUCCUGGUGCCGGGGGCUCACGUCAAGAUCCUGACGUCACCAGACCAGUUUUACCAGGCAAUGAAGGCCCGCAUCAGAACUGCACAGAGGCGAGUGGUGAUGGCUUCCUUGUAUCUGGGAACAGGACAGCUAGAGCAGGAACUGGUGGACUGCAUGGAGGAAGCUCUUCAACAUUCAAAGGAAAACAGUCGCUCUCCUGACCUCAAAGUCUCCGUACUACUGGACUACACGCGCGGAUCAAGAGGUCAGAUUAACUCAAGGACCAUGUUGCUGCCUCUGCUGCAGCGCUUCGCUUCUCAAAUGCGGGUAUCUUUGUACCACACUCCGGACCUGAGAGGCCUGCUGCGACUUCUGGUGCCGCAGCGCUUCAACGAGACCAUUGGGGUCCAGCACAUCAAAGUUUACCUGUUUGACGACAGCAUUAUCAUCAGCGGGGCCAACCUGAGCGACUCGUACUUCACCAACAGGCAGGACCGCUACGUGCUCCUGGAGAACUGCGGGGAGGUGGCGGACUUCUUCUCCAACCUGGCGGAGGCCGUGGGAGACAUCUCCCUGCAGCUUCAGCCAGACAACUCGGUCACCAUGCUGGAGGGCAUGGUACACCCGUACAAAGGAAAUCGGCAAGAAUUCUCGGCAGUGGCGAGGAAGCGCAUUAUGGAGGUCGUCAGCUCGGCCCGCGCGAGACGGCAGCUGCUGCAGCAACACUCCAAGGGAGAAGAGGGCAUGAGCGAGGGUGAGGAGGACACCUGGGUGUUCCCCCUGGUGCAGAUGAAACCUCUGGGCAUCCAGGUGGAUGAGCAGGUCACACAGCGCCUGCUGACAGACGCCGGGCCGGACUCCACUGUGUAUCUAACAUCAGGUUACUUUAACCUGACCCGGGCUUACAUGCGGCUGGUGCUUGGGACCGGAGCCAGCUACCGCAUCCUGACCGCCUCCCCUGAGGUCAACGGGUUCUUUGGGGCCAAAGGCGUCGCUGGAGCGAUUCCUGCAGCUUACAUCCACAUCGCCAGGCAGUUUUACAACCAAGUGUGCCAGCUGGGCCAGCAGGAGAGGGUGCAUCUGCACGAGUACCACAGGCCACAGUGGACAUUUCAUGCUAAAGGUGAUUCUUUUUUUGGUACGGACUCGAAGGUUUUGAGUCAAGGUCGGCCCCGGUCCUGCAGAGAAGAAGCUCUGAAACAGUACGAGCACCAUCUGCACGCUGAGCGUCGACAUCACCUCAUCAGUGUCAAGUGGGUGAAUGUUGAAAACCUGUCUAAGCUCUUCACCCCUCAUCCAUUUAUAAACUAUGGAUUUCUGCAUUUGUCCUAACUAGAAACAUUUCCAACAGAGAAGGCUACUGAUCAUCUUCCCAUACCUCCACAAGUAACGGUGUUGCAUGCGUUCAAGCUAAACAAAGACUUUAAUGUGUGAGACUUAAUGAAGGCUGACGGGAAGCAGAAGGGUGGGGUGAAGCGCUGCAGUCUCUGGAGGAGCCCUAAUAACAGCUCUCAUGGCUUGUUUACAGCUUUGCCCAGAGAAACGUGUACAGUUAUGUUUGUAAAUUAAAGGAUCUGCUGAGUUUUUUUUUUUUUUAAAGUUACUCAAAAUGUUUGUCUCAUUUUGUCGGGAGAAGAGUUGAAUCUAACGCUUUAUGUGCAAAAUGUAAUUUAAGCUAUAAAGAUCAUUGUUUGCUGGUUCAAAUUACCAAAAGUGAUGAAAAGAUUAUCUGGUGAAAAAUGAUUUUUCCCCUGGUACUAAAAUGCCAAAUCUUAAAUACAGUGACUGAUAAUUUUACAUGUCUAUCAGCUUCAACAGAUUAAAUGACUUUGCUGCUUUAGUUGCUGACCGUUGAACCCUACUAACAUCACUACUUGGUUUCUAUUUGUUUCUCUAUAAAGAGCAGAGUGGCUAAAAUGGAUCAAAUUUUGCAGAAUUAACAACUUGAAAUGUAAUAAUAAAUUUAUCCAGUGUGGUCAAUGUACAAAUAUCAAAGUAAAAUUUUAUUUUAGCUGCGCCAGGAGAAAAUGUUGCAUUUCUGUUUUAAAUAAAAGCAAUAUGAUUGUGUUGAA